GUAGUUGAGUGGUGUGAAUUUUGCGCUGUGAAAUCUCGUGAUUUCGAACUUUCGAUCGCAUGUUCAAACCGCCCAACCUGUGACAGAUGAGGUGGAUUUUCGAAAAAGUGUUCUCUGAGAAAUUAAAAGGACAUCCGCAAAUGGAUAACAUCUUCCGCCAGAGAAGAAUGCUGGUCCCAAAAAGGACCAGUGAGUUGGUAGCCCUGAUGGCCAUCUCCAGCACCCUGUUCCUGUUCCUACACACGCGGGAACUACACACUAAACUGCGGCAGAUGGAGACAAGGGUGCAGACUGACGACCUCACUGCCAACCAAGUCUCAGGAGGAAGCGGGAUGUCCGCAGUCAGCGCCAUGAUGAGGCAGCUUCAGGACAGUGGCGAGAUGGACAGUCUAGAUGUGUCAGAACUAAAUAAUACCGCAAAGGCUCGCAAACAGCUGGUGUUCUUCAACCGAGUGCCGAAGGUUGGCUCCCAAACGUUCAUGGAGCUGCUACGCCACCUUGCCAUCAGGAAUAACUUUGCUUUCCAUCGCGAUCACAUUCAGAGGGUGGAGACCAUCAGACUAGCACCUACUGAACAGUUGGGGUUGGCAACUAUGAUUGACCAGUAUUCCACUCCAUCAGUCUAUGUCAAACACAUCUGCUUCCUGAACUUUACUCAUUUUGGACUGCCCCAGCCCAUCUAUGUGAAUCUGGUGAGAGACCCAGUGGAGAGGGUGAUAUCCUGGUACUACUAUGUGAGAGCUCCCUGGUACUACGUGGAGCGCAAACAAGCCUUCCCAGACAUUCCACUGCCUGACCCUGAGUGGCUGAAGAAGGAUUUUGAGACGUGUGUUUUGAGAGGAGACAGAGAAUGUCAGUACCUGGAGGGAGAGACUAGGGAAGGCAUCGGUGACCAUCGCAGACAGAGUAUGUUCUUCUGUGGUCACAGUGAGGCCUGCACACCUUUCAACACUGACGGAGCCCUGCAGAGAGCCAAGCGAGCCGUGGAGAGACAUUACGCUGUGGUCGGAGUGCUGGAAGACCUCAACUCUACAUUCACUGUACUGGAACACUACAUUCCAAGGUUCUUUGCAGGCGCUAAACAAGUCUAUACAGAAGAGCUCGACAGCUUUAGGAAGAUCAACAGAAACACCUUCAAACCUCCGGUGAGUGAAGAAGUGAAGGACAUGGUCAGAAGGAACUUUACACGAGAGAUAGACUUUUAUCUGUUUUGCCGUCAACGUCUACACAGGCAACUUUUGGCCUUGCGCCUACCUAACACAGGAACAUGAGGCGACCUGUACGCCUGCCUCACCUGCAAACUCAAUGCGUACCAGCCUACGCUUGUAUAUUUGUCUCACCAGGCAAUUCUGUGAUAUGUGGUGGAGAAUUUUGAAAAGUUGGAAUUUGAGACCUUUUUGGGUAUUCCGAUGUCUUCAAAAUUAGACGGGGAAAUAUUAAGAUUGUCAAACAAUCAGAGAAAUCAAUUUCUUUAGGUCCAAGAGACAUCCAGGAUGCAAAUUGUACUAAAAUUGUUUAUAUACGGUAACUAAAAAAUGCUGAUUGUGUACAUUCUUCUAUAUAGUUUGUAUGGUUCAUUGGAAACGCAUUGCUGUUACAGUAUCAAGAAUACUUUCCUUUUCAAGGAUGGUGGGUUUAUCUGUCACAAGUGUGCUUUCUUUGGCAAAAAAAAGAACUUUUAUUCUUUGAUAAAGUUGUAUUUUUUACAGUUUGAUGCAUAACUAAAUUUAUUUAGGUUUUGUAAUUGGGAAGACUAUUUCUUCUAUUGUAUUCUUGAAUAACAAAACUCAAUAAACCAAUGGUAAUUUGCUCAGUCUCUAGGAUUGCUGUGACAGGGGUACAUAUUCCCCCUAAGGUUUAUUCCUGUCAUCACCUGAACAUAAAAUAUACAUCACAUUUUUCUAAUAUUUCUGUGGUGUAUGGUAAUAAAAACAUCAAGUGAACAAGACUGUAUCCACCCUACGAAUGAUGUGUUUUCUUUUGAUAACUGAAAAGGACAUAAAACAUAAACAUCAAGGAUGAAAAAAUAUUCCUACCAUUUAGUGAAAAAUGUUAUUUAACUUUGAGAACCAAAGAAUAUUCAAGGUACAGUAUAUAAUACCGAAUACAGCAAUUCUUUUUAGCGGCUAUACAGAGUAUGUGUUUAAAUUAAUUUGGAACAGUGUAACUGUUUGGUAAUGAUAAUAUAUAUUUUUGGAUAUAUGAUCUCAUUUUAAACCCUUAAAAACACAUAAACUUCCAUAUAUUAAAGUCAAUUAUGAUAAUUCUACAUUGAACAACACUCUUUAUAGGUAACAUUUUUUGGAUAUUUAUUAUUAAUCAAGACGUCUUUUUUACUUAAAUAAUUUUUGCUGUUUAUUUGUUCCAUACCCUUACACAAUUGAAGGUUUUGAUAAGUUAUCUUGUAAAAUAUAUUCUUAAGUCAUAAAUUGUCUACAAUACUUGUAGAAUUCCUUGUAAAUAUAUAAUAAAUAUUUUUUGUACACAA